CAAGUCAUUGUUCUUUGCAAUGAAUUCUCUGUUUAUGUAAAGUGAGAGAUCUUAUGUUAAAUCCCUCUAUUUCAUGAUCAAGAAGUAGCCCUGCUGAAUUGAUUUUUAGUUUUUCUUUACCCUUCGGUUAAGGUUCUUUAAUGGCAGUAUAAGAAUUCAUGUCUUGGGACUUUUUAAUUCUGUUUCCCUUUUUGUGCAGAGACUUCCAACAGAAGGAAGUGAAUUUCCACUGUAGCUUCUGUUCUGUGGGGGUGAAAUUCUGGAAUUUCUGUUUCAGAAAAAAAUAAAAAAUUGGGGUGGGUAAUUUCCUUUAACUCCUGUAAUAUCUGUGCAGUCUAUAUUUUUGACAAUUUUAUGAUUUUAAAUCCUUUGUUUAGUUAUGGUUUUAAAUCUUUUGCUUCCUGUUUUCUCUCAAGACGCCAUCACAAUUGAGGUUGCUCUGGAUUUUUUUCCUAGAAAUUGAUUGAUGAUGUUCUUAAAUGUUUUUGAAUUUUGGUUCUUCGCAUGAUCUUCUUGUUGUUUAAUGAUUUCUUCAAUCAGAAAAUGGUUUAUUUAUCAUUAAAAUGUAGAUUACCUUAUUUUUUCUUGAAUAAUGAACGGUAAAAUUUUCUGAACAAGAAAAUUGAUCAACAAUUACCAGGAAAGGAAAAGGUUUUGAUAAAAAAUAUAGCCAAAUGCAGGAUAUUCUGAUUAUUUGCUUAAAUAUUCUGCUUACUAUUUGUGCCGUGUUUGUGGCGCGUGCUCAAUGAGUGUUAAUUUUCCAACUGUCGUUUAUAUUCAGCUUAAUGUACGUGACGUAGUUCCGUUAACACACGUUACUAGUUCAAAUGAUAGCUUUUGGAGUCAAAUUUUCUGCUUCAUAGUAUUGAUUGUAGGAAUGGGAACCAAAAUACAAGCUAAUACAUGCCUUCCUCAAUGUUACUCUGUGAUGGAUAUUGAUGGAAAUUCAAGCAACUAUACAAAGUCCGUAUAUCAGGACGACCAGCUGCUGAGAAAUGGGCAAUACCACUAUUUGCCCAUGUCUGAGAAAUCAAGUAAUGGUUACUUCAAAUAUGACCUAGAGGUAGCAAGGCAAACAAUUCUGAAGCAUGAAUCCAUAUUUAGAAAUCAGCUCCAAGAACUCCACCGUCUUUAUAAAAUACAAAGGGAUCUGAUGAACGAAAUUAAAAGCGGAAGACUAGAUAAAGAUCAUAUCAACGCAGAAAACUCCCGCUCAAGCCCCCUUUUCUCUGCUGUUCCUCCUGAAGAUGCCAAAAGAACAUGGGAUGUCCCUCAUUCUUCAUCAUUGCAUUCAGUGAUUGGUCACCUAUCGACAUCAGGCACGAGUACUGGACAAUCUCCUCUCAGGUUUAUAGCGUGUAAGAGUAUGCCUGUUUGUCCCUCCUUCCAAGACACGGGAUGUUUGAAGAAUGUUGAACCUAUCAUAUCUACAGGCAUGUUUGUGGGAAGAACAUCUGUUUCAUACCCUGUUGGUAAUCCUGUAAGGGCCGAUGGAUCUGUAAAUGCAAAUUUAGGUUUCCAAGUUUCAUUAAAGGAUUUUUUUAUCAAUUCAGUUGAUGGAAGGACGAACUGUGGAAGUUCUUGGAACGAAAAAGGUCCAUUGACAAAUGAUUCCGGUGCAGGGAAGAUGAGAUCCAAUGGUCAUUCUUCCAUUGGAAGCUGCUGUUUGGGUAAUUCUCCCACAUCGUUCCAAUCAGUCCUAGCUGAGCCCAGAAAUGAAUUUUUAAUGCAUUGCCGACCAGACGAGCAUAAUUCAGCAGCUCCGGGAAAAAGGACUCUUUUUGAUGUUGAAAUUUCUGAAGGAAAUAACGGUCAAUUGGGUGCCGCUUCUAACAUGUCAAAUCAAAAUCACAAAACCGAUUCAGUCAAUUCAGAGUCACUGUAUGCUUCGCUCUGGACAAAGACUUGUUCUACCUUGGGCGCAAAGUUUGCUGUAGGAAAUGUGAAUGACCGUAAUAAUGAAAGAACAGGUUCAUUGAACAGCAAAGACUUAGAUGGCUGUUUUUCUAUUGGAUUUGAUUCCAUUAAAAUGCCUAAUCAAUGCGCAGAAAGUGAUCCCGUAAAAUGUUUCAAAAGUUCAGACUGCAUGAGUUCAAUGCUCCAAGAUUUCUUGAACACUGAUUCAGAUCAGUCAGAGAAUUUUCAAAAGAAGGCGACUCCUCAACAUAAUCCCAUGGUUACUGAUUGUCAAAUCAAUCAGGAGAGCCCCAAGGGAAAGCUACCAUGGUUUCUAAGAAAACCACAAUAUAGUGGUGAACAGACUAAAGAGAGUAAAAGUUCUUAUUUUAUGAAUAUCGACUCCUUGAAGGAUUAUUCUCAUCAAUUUUUCAACAGAAAUAAAAUUGCUGAUGAUUCCUCAGAGACUUUCAGUACAAAACAUGAAACCUCUUCACCAAUGGCUGUUGUGGAUACUGAGGUGGGCAGGAUAGACAAGGUCAAUGAUGGAACAGAUGCUAAAAAAUUUCUUGGGUUUCCAAUUUCGGAUAUGUUCUGCACAUCCACGAAUAGUAGCUCUGGAGUUGGCAGUAAUAGUGCCGGAAAAGUUUUGAAAGACAAAGCUGUUCUGAUAAAUCAGCUUGAACCCAAGGAUUUUGUUUUGCAGAAGGGAUUAAAUAACUACGUUUCUGGUUUGAGGUAUCAUAUUGAUUUGAACCUGUCUUUGGACGAAGAAGAGGCUCAGUUAGCACCCACCGGAGCUAUUAAAAUAGCUACUACUGAGAUAGACUUGGAAGCUCCGACAGUUUUCGACACUGAUGACACAUCUCCAAAAAGAGCUGAAGUUUCACUUGGAAAUUAUAAAGGACCUUCAGAAGAAUGUGUCGAAGUUGCAGCCGAAGCUAUUAUUGCCAUUUCAUUGUCUGGUAAGAAGAUUCUAGAGGAUGAUGAAACUUAUGAACCUCUAAAAGCUGCAGCCAGAGAUUCGCUUAAAUGGUUUGCUGAAAUAAUUUCUGCUCAGUAUGGCGAUAACAAGAUCAUUGUUGAAGAACAUUCCCGAAAUCAGACUGGAGCCCAUGAUGAAGAGUCCAUUCCUGAUUUUAUGGAUUACUUCGAAUUUAUGACAUUGAAGUUGAAAGAUAUGAAGGAAGAUUCCUAUCAUUAUAAGCCAAUAGUAUUGGUUAAUAAGGAGGAUGGCGAGACAGGGGCUGCUAUGUUGCACAAAAGACCUCGGAGAGGGCAGGCAAGGAGGGGGAAACAUGAUUUCCAGAGGGACAUACUCCCUGGUCUAGUUUCAUUAUCUCGACAUGAGGUGACUGAGGAUCUUCAGACAUUUGAAGAGAUUUUAAAAGCUAAAAGUUGUUCAGUGGAUUCAAGCUUGUCACUGAGGAGUGCUACAAAAACUGUCAGGGGAAAGAAGCGCGCUGCUAUAUCUCCAACGAAAAGGGCACUUGGAUCUACCCCAACAGAGCAAUCUAUUUGUCGGGAUCUGAGUCUAACUGGUUGGGGAAAGAGGACGAAGCGUUUGCCAAGGCAGAGAUGUCCAAAUGUGUAUCCAAACCGACCUUUACAAUGCGGAAAUUCAAUGGAUUAAGUUAAAGAUACGUAGCAGUAGAGUUGGGAUCAUGAUCCUUAUCUCAAUCCGUAAAGAUUCUGCUCGUCAUUGUUUUUUUCUCCCUUAACAUGAACAACGAUCAUAAAAGAAAGCAAAUGUGUGUACAGUAUUACUUGUUGGUUCUUAUAUUUGGCCCUCAUUCUGAUUUA